AUGGAUGAGGACACCAACCUCACAUAUAUAGCAGACUCUGAGGCUGAACCAGAUGAAUAUCUUUUGUGGAAACCGGCGAGGCCAAUUAAUUAUGGAGAAGAUGGCCAGAUAGAUCAGCACAACAAUGAUAGCGGUCCUAUGCCGGAGCCAUUGGCAUUUCAACAAACAGAGGGAAGCGAUGCCCGGUAUCAGUCACCAAUUCAGAGGGUUAGAUCGCUCAGAAAGAGGACUGCGAUCCAAAAGAAGCCCUAUAGUCUAGAUAGAAUAAAGCACAGACACCUGCUUAGGGGUUUUGGGAUUUCCAACGAAGAUGAACUCCCCUCUUCUUUACAAGACCAUAGAGACCUGCAAUACAAUGACGAAGCAUCACAAGGUGGUUACUUUAUGAAUGAUGAUAAAUCUGAAACGGAAUGUCAAAAUGUUGAGAGCUUCGAAGUGAUCUCAAGUGAGCAUCAAAGGUUCAACAGCAACAGCAAUGGUGUGGUUACCAGCGAGGCGCAAAGCAGGCUCAAGGAAGAAAGAAUCCCUGAAAACUCAGCUGUCAAAACGGCUACGCCUGCAAACCACAGCAUAAUCUACAGGGGGCGCCAAGUGAACGUGAAUUCAGGCUUUCGAGGUAUUCUUCCCAAAGUUGCGUGGACCAAAGCGCUUAACGAUUCGAGGCAGUCAAAGAGACAACUACCAAAGCAAGAACGAAGGAGCGGGAAGGGUGUUGCGAAACGCAAGAAGCAAAAAGUGAAUCAAAGACAAGAUGAUAGCCUAUUUGGUGACCUCUUUAUAGCGGAUGACAAUUUCUCAGCCGAAGAUAACUUACCCCACAAUAUUGUAGAUUUAUCAGACUCACCGGAAGAAAAACCCGAGCUCAUUAGCAAAUACCUAGACUCAAGGUACAGUGAAGCGUACGCCUUUGACGAUCUCUCCGAACCUGACGUGGAGGGUCCUGAUAACUUUGGUGGACUUGAUGGACCAAGUACAAUUUCAGCGGACUCAAAACGCUCAAAGCGCUCAAAACGCCCAAGGCAACCAAGUACUUCGAAAUUGGAUAAGUCUGGCGAUAUAUUGCAGAGGGAAUCGACAUAUAGUGUUUCCAGUGGAGACUCUAGUAGCGCAGAGGAGUGGGAUGACCACACCAUUGACACAAUGCUUAGGGCACGGACAAGAAAAACCGGUGGAAGUACGAAAGCUGCAAAGUCACAAAGGGUUAAACGGCCAUACGAAAUUGUAGCAAACCGACGCAUAACGUAUCGUCGGUCUGGCACAAUGACCGCCAAUCCUCAGCAUAACGAAAGCCAUUACAGCAUAGAAAAUGGAAAGCCUGGCGCCUUCCCCAAAUACAGAAGGCCUCCUCACCAAAAACUAAUAGAGUUUCCAGGGAAAGCAAAAAUAUCAAGAAGACCCGAGGAGCUGGAUUGGUACCGAGAACAACACGCUAUCAGUUCGACAUAUCCAUCAUGGCAAAAAAAUUCUGCAUCCAAAUCUACGUUAUCGAGCGGAAAUCAGAACCUUAAUUCUCUUGUUUCGCGAGCCGGUAAGCUCUUCUUCGAAACUGCCAUUGAGCAAGAAAGCGAUAGAUUUACUCUAGUUCCAAGUUCAAAGAAAAAAAGUAGUACAAUCAACCUGGAGGCAGCUCAUUCACCUAAGAAUCCGGACAACAAGCCCAAUUCAGAUGUGCAAGUCUUUGACGCUAUCAUUUUCGAUAGUUUAAUUCACCCUCCAGAUACCAUUCAUUUUACUCUCUCAGAAAAGGCAUUCAAAAUAUCAAGAUUCGAUACAAAUUUUGAAAACAGCUUGAGCGAAGUCUUCAAUCACCUCAUUGAAGUUGGUGCAAUAGAUACAGAAGUUACUAUUAUGAAUUCCUCCUUAGUGGCUGUAUUGUACCACCUUAACAAACCCGGCCUCUGGGAGCUCGUCAAUGAAUUCCACAACAAGUUUAGAUCAAAAGUUAAUCUCUUGCGAAGCCGAGCCAAAGCGAUCCACUUCUACCAGAUAUCUGUAUGUCAAGUGAUGCUCUUAGAAAUCGCUGGAUACUCCAGUGUUUCACGGUUAUUGGCAUCCGAAGUGACAAAGAAGAUCAUCGAUCACACUGUGUCUUUUUUUAGGCUACUUUCCAAGUGCUACAAUCUAGUAGCCAAUUCUAAUCUAAUGGAGCAGUGUUACAUUCUGUUGGCCAAGGUGGUGGAAAAAACCUUGCUUAAAUCGGAACUGUGGGAUAAGCUUCGAAACACCCUAUUCCCUCCAAAAGUCGCUCUUAUUUUAGUCAAGUACUUUCCAACAAGAGAAACAUUUUGGGAAAUUGUGGAGCUGGGGCACACUUUUGAAAGCGUAGUGGAUUGGUUCAAAUUCGUUCACUUUUCUGUGGGAGCCUGCGGCUGGGAGAUCAGCCACAGGUUAAUCUUGGUCAUUUAUAACUUCUUCAAAACUCGGAAGUUUCAAGACUUUGAGGAGGAGGAGGAUAGAUGGUCAGAGUAUCCAAUUUUCUCGCAAAAUGAGCUGAAGCAGUCACGCAGGACAGCGUUCAAUAGCUUUUUGGGGCUAUUGGCCUCUGUGCGCCUUCCUAUGAAGAUAAUCGAGAGGAUCACCCCUUUGGGACAAAUUAUAUCACUGCAAUCACCAGGACUCUUAGCGAAUAGAAUAAAUUUGCUUUUAGUUCUUGCAGAUCAGGCUCCAACAAGUUUUGAGAUCAAACUCGAAGACCUCUGUUAUCCGUACUUGCACGAAAAUUCUGCAGAUCCCGUUUCUCCCGUAAUGCUAGAUUUAAUUUUGAAAGGAUUCAUUUCAAUAUUGCAGAUUAAUUCAAAGAAGAACCUGCCUCUCCGAGCAAGGUUCAUAUCUUUAAUAUGGCAAAGUGUGCUCAAACGGCAUGAAGCAAGAAUAGAAAAAGCUUGGCUUAAUUUUUUGCGUAGCCUUUGCUCCAUAUUUUACAAGCUCAAAAAGUCAGAAUCUGUUAUUUUGAAGGCGCUGCACCCAAUCUUGAUGUCAACCUUGCCCAACAAAAAGAAUCAAAGAGACGGCGUCGGAUUGAUUAAAUUGUUUGAAGAUAACUUACAAAAAUUAGAACCCGCAUGGGUGGCUAGGAACUUGCAUCAAAUACUUGCUAGUUCAGCAGGCGAUUCCGAGCGCAUUUUUUCCUUUUACUUCAACAUUACAGAGUAUCUAGCAUCCAGGAAAGUUAUUACAUGGUGGUCGGUGCUAAAAUACAACAACUUCAACCAUUCAGACGACUACAAAUUGCUCUUUUAUACAAGAGCGAUUGAAAAGUGUGAUGAUUCGACAUUCCUCCAAAUUAGACAUGUAUUGUUUCAGACGGUCACUGAUCUUCUAUUACAGCGGUCUGACGUCCCUUUCAUCAAAUUUAUAAGAUCAAUCUCUAAAAGAGAUAGAUUGUUCAAGAUAAAUCCCGAACUUCCUUUUACCGCAAGUCACCUAGAGAUUAUAACCAAGGUCUUGACAGGAUUUAAAAGGUCUAACGACCGCAUCGUGUUGAAAGUGGUAAUUUGUAAACUGAAAGAACUUUUGCUCGGGCACCCCGAGAAAAAGCCAUUAAUUUCUGAAGUUACAAAAUUCUUGAACAAGGAAUACGUUGAUUUGGUCAAAAAUGAUCCUGAUUUCCUGUUCUUGAAAAACCAGUUCAAUAUUUCAGAUGAAGAGACACAAAAAAGCAUUUUCCGAGAAGCUUUAUCUAUGCGGAAGGAUGAUAUCGAAAGGUCACUACAUAUUGAGCGAGAAAUUUUGAGGAUAGGGUCUCGGGGACAAAAUUUGGAACACUUUCUAGGGAUGCUUGAAUCUUCUAUGGGAACAGGGCUGUACGUGAACGACUUUCUUUUUCUCAGUCAAUUGCUUGAGGCAAACGCGUUUUCCGAAGGCUUGGAAAGGACUAGCACGCAAUGGUUUGUCCUUUCAAACUUGAUAUUGAUGAUCAACAACAUUUUAAAACAAAACUUUUGUCAGGUCUCUUCAGAGGACUUUUUUGGUCUUUAUCAUCUUCACUACUGGAUUUGCAGGGCCUUUAGCUUAAAGGAGUUCGAGCUUGACGCGAUAUCAGACAAAUCAGUCUUUUUAAGAGAAGCGUGUGUCCUGCAAACUCGAACGCUUUUAAUGUCUUCUGGAUUUUUAGAGCACAACAGCUUGUUAUCUUUGAGUGAAGAGUUCUUGACCAAACCUCGACCGACACGUUUCGAGCCGAAAGCUGCUCUUACCGGCCCUGUGCACUCGUUGCUGAAAGAAUACGGGCCUUUCAUUAUGUCAUUAGCACCUUCACGGGAAGAUAUACAAGCAUUUCAGGGUGAUGUUGCCACACAGUUAUCAAAACUGUCGUUCUUGGUGAAGUCUAAGGUCUCAAGGGGGUAG